GUAUCACAUGACCAUUUUCGUGAGAUUUACCCAUAAACUGUCUAUUUUCGAUUAUGUUGAAGCUAGGGCUGUACAAUAUAUCGAAAUAAAAACGUUAUCGCAAUAUGGCUUAAUGCUACUGUUACUGCUGCGAUUUAAAUAUAUAAAUACACUAUAUUGCCAAAAGUAUUGGGACACGCCUCCAAAUCAUUGAAUUCAGGUGUUCCAAUCACUUCCAUGGCCACAGGUGUAUAAAAUCAAGCACCUAGGCAUGCAGACUGCUUCUACAAACAUUUGUGAAAGAAUGGGUCGCUGUCAGGAGCUCAGUGAAUUCAAGCGUGGUACCGUGAUAGGUUGCCACCUGUGCAAUAAGAAGUUUCCUCACUACUAAAUAUUCCACAGUCAACUGUUACUGGUAUCAUAACAAAGUGAAGCAAUUGGGAACAACAGCAACUCAGCCACAAAGUGGUAGGCCACGUAAAAUCACAGAGCGGGGUCAGCGCAUGCUGAGGCACACAGUGCGCAGAAGUCGCCAACUUUCUGCCAAUAGCUACAGACCUCCAAACUUCAUGUGGCCUUCAGAUUAGCUCAAGAACAGUGCGUAGAGAGCUUCAUGGAAUGGGUUUCCAUGGCCGAGCAGCUGCAUCCAAGCCUUACAUCACCAAGUGCAAUGCAAAGCGUCGGAUGCAGUGGUGUAAAGCACGCCGCCACUGGACUCUAGAGCAGAGGAGACGUGUUCUCUGGAGUGACCAAUCACGCUUUUCUGUCUGCCAAUCUGAUGGACGAGUCUGGGUUUGACAGUUCUCAGAAGAACGGUACUUGCCUGACUGCAUUGUGCCAAGUGUAAAGUUUGGUGGAGGGGGGAUUAUGGUGUGGGGUUGUUUUUCAGGGGUUGGGCUUGGCCCCUUAGUUCCAGUGAAAGGAACUCUUAAUGAGUCAGCGUACCAAGACAUUUUGGACAAUUUCAUGCUCUCAACCUUGCGGGAACAGUUUGGGUAUGGCCCCUUCCUGUUCCAACAUGACUGCGCACCAGUGCACAAAGUAAGGUCCACAAAGACAUGGAUGAGCGAGUUUGGUGUGGAAGAACUUGACUGGCCUGCACAGAGUCCUGACCUCAACCCGACAGAACACCUUUGGGAUGAAUUAGAGCGGAGACUGUGAGCCAGGCCGUCUCGUCCAACAUCAGUGCCUGACCUCACAAAUGCGCUUCUAGAAGAAUGGUCAAAAAUUCCCAUAAACACACUCCUAAACCUUGUGGAAAGCCUUCCCAAAAGAGUUAAAGCUGUUAUAGCUGCAAAGGGUGGACCAACUCCAUAUUAAACCCUACGGAUUAAAAAUGGGAUGUCAUUGAAGUUCAUGUGCACGUAAAGGCAGGCGUCCCUAAACUUUUGGCAAUAUAGUGUAUGUGCGCUACAGGUUUUAUAGUGAACUAUACGUGCUUGAUAUCAUGAGUCGCAUGUGUGUAAAUGAACACAAACGGUGUCCGAAAUCGAAUACCUCUCUACUGCAUAGUAUGCGAAAAAUAGUAGACCAGAAGAGUAGUAUGAAUACAUAGUAAAGUUUGCAAAAAGUACCUAGAUGACCUACUACUACUGCCAAGAUUCUGAAGUGGACACUUUACAAUCCCAUGAGGCCACGGGAAAGGAUUUAUGAAUGGCAGUGAAGUGACGCAAUUUACGACAACAUGGCGGAUGUAGUUCGACCGGUGUGAUGAGAAAUCGAGUCGUCAGCGUCCCCCCCCAGGAAUUUGGUCUCCUUUAGGACCCCGAGUGAUCCUGUUGGUUAACGGACUUUUAAUAGGUAGUAUUUUUAGCGCCUGAUUACAAUUCCUGCAUAAUCACAUGAUUUAUAUUGUUUAAAAUGUGUUAUAAUGACCAUUGUUGUCUUUUAAAUGACAUGGUUUAUAUACUAGUAUAUAACUGAAGCUAUAGGUUGUGAAAUCAAGCAUUUCUUGUUCUGUUUUUUAAUUUAUUUUUUAGUUAGCUUAUGUACUAACAUAGCAUACAUCUACCUGAUUAGCCUGCUAGCUUAGCUUAUAUUAGGUAUGUUUUUUGCUUGCAAUAUAGUUCCCAAUUACAUUUCAAAUUAAUGACAAUUUAUUAAAAACAUAUUAUAGUAUUAUAUACUAUACCACAAUGCUAUUAUUGUGUAAAAUUUAUCCUUUACAGAACAUAUGUUGCAACAAUCCUUAUCCUUUAUAUAUAUAUAUAUAUAUAUAUAAAGGCAUGUUUUUAGGCAUGAUUGUGUUUCCAGUUUGUUUUAAUAUGCAACACACAGGCAUUCAUUUUAUAUUUCAAGCAUGUUGUUUGUGCACUUAAUGUAAUAAACAUCAUACAAUAGUUAAAUAGGUUAUAAUUAGUCAAGACAUCACGAUAACAACUUUUGAUCAGGCAUUACCGCCUGGGUCCUAAAGGAGACCCGAUUCCUGGGGUGGACUCGAUUUCUCAUUACAUUCAUACUACACAAAUUCAUACUAUUGUAGUAUGUUCUUCUCUUUUUUUAACAGUCACGAAGUAACUACUCAGACAGUAUACGAUUUCAGAUGCAGCGAAAGUUUUGAGCUUCACUCUGAAACCAGCAGCGCAUUUUUUUUAUUUACCGGCAACCCGUCAAAAUAAAAGCCCCAUGUUACUGUUUGAAAAUGAAUAAAUCAAGGCAAAAGUGGUAGUAUUGCAAUUUUACAGUAAAAUAAAAGUAAUUUCAUUGCUCAUUUUUAUUUUACAGUACAAUAGUUUUAUUACAAUAUAUUUCUUAUUUUUUCAUUUUUUUUUUUUAAUAAUAGUGGUCAACACUAAAAAAAACAGAAAUCAUUUGGUGUAGCGUUUACUUUAAAAUAGUUUUCACUCAGAAAUUGCUAGUAAAUUUCACAAAUAAUUACAAAGAAAUUGUGAGUUACAUUGAAUUAAACAUGAAAUGUUAAAGUAGAAAGACUUUCUUGUAAAAGAUGCUCCAAUCAUCUGUUGAGAACUUCAAAAAAUAUUUUUAUUACAGUGAAACUUUCCUUAAAUAGUUCAACCCUAAAAGGAUUUUGCCAUUAAUGUCUUCAGAGUGAAAUAUAAUGUUUCAGCUUUUUUUUUUUUUUUUUUUUAAUGCUGAUGAACAAAAAUCACCUCAAUCAUUCUAGAAUGAUUUAAAUCACAGAAGGCGAUUUAUAUAUAUUUUUUUAUAUAUCACAAUAUAUAUAGUUUUUUGUUAAUAUUGUAAUAAAUAAUAUAUUAAUGUCAGUUUUUUGUUAAUAUUAUGCAGUUUUUUGUUAAUAUUGUGCAGCUUGAAUUCUCAAAAUUCCCUCCUAUAUUUUAAUCAGUGAUUUCCAGGCCUCUCUAUGGACAUCAGGGAGUUUGGCUGCCGUUUCUUGGUCCCUGAAACCCGUUCAGACUCUGUGUACAUGUGAUGAGAGCGAUAAGAGGGUCUUUUCUCUGUGUGUGUAAUCCACUGCGCUGACAUCAGCACCGAGACUGCUGAGACCGACAACACGGGUUUAAAUCGCAGGGUUUAUCAACCGAGCGCUCAGAGUGUUUCUCCAGCCCCCUCUUUCUUUGAUUACCCACACACAUGCAUUAGGGAAUGGAACGUUCCAGUCCUUUCUUCUGAUUGGUCAAUCCAGUGUUCCAGUAAGAGCCCAACUAUUAACCUUAUAUGACACUACUAGAUCUACUAGUAAAAGACGACACCAAUCAGUCUGAUUCAGAAAAUAAUGUUCUGAAAACAUACCUGUAACGCUUUAUAAUAAGGUUUCAUUUCUAAAUUAGUUAACAAAGAGGAACAUAAACUGUCUUGCUCAUUGUUAGUUAAUGAAUUAAUGGGACCUUACUGUAAAGUGUUAGUGACCAUAUAGAUUUGCGUGACUAAAAUGUUGUUUUCAGACAAGAGCGUUUGGCUUUCGCCCAACCGGGGCUUGACAGCCACUCGUUCAUUGUAUUUAAAACAGAAGCUCUGCUAAACAUCUCCUUUUGUGUUUCACAGAAGAAACAAAGUCAUACAUGUUUGAUUGACAUGAGGGUGAGUAAAUGAUGACAGAAGUAAGGUUAAAAUCAACUUUUUAUUGCUUAGAUGGUCCUAACUGACCCUUCACCUCAUUCAGUCCUCAGAUCCCUCAUAAUCUGUCAGCGCACACCAUGUAUUUCCUUGUUGCUUAUUUGCCAUGGGUGUGAUAUAACAAUGAUUUUCAUGUGAUACAAUGAUUGGAUUAGUUGUGCAUCUUCAUUACUUCUGCAAGCCAGAGACGCUAAUCUCGCUGACGGGAAAUGAAUGGCUAGGCGGUGGGCGGAGUCACAGGUUACAAAUACUGGAACACCGUCGUCCACAACAACACAUUUUAACUGGACACACAACUGCAUCCGCAUCUGAACACAGACAGGAGACAGAAUGAGUCCCAAACAUGUCAUCUACAAGAAACUCUCCAGAGACAAAUCUGUUGGCGUUUACAUGGGGAAACGGGAUUUCGUGGACCACUACGACUUUGUUGAUCCCGUUGAUGGUGUAGUGCUGAUCGACCCAGAGCAGGUGAAGGGAAAGAAAGUCUACAUCAUGUUGUCCUGUACUUUCCGGUAUGGUCGGGACGAUAUGGACGUCAUGGGAAUUGCGUUCCGCAGGGAUAUUUUCCUGUGCACACGGCAGGUCUAUCCUCCUCUCCAGGACAAGGAACGCAGCGUUCACACCAAAGUGCAAGAGAAGAUCCUGCGCAAGCUCGGAGACAAUGCGUAUCCCUUCUUCUUUGAGUUUCCAGAUAACCUGCCUUGUUCUGUAGCUCUGCAGCCGGCGCCGACAGACCCAGGAAAGCGCUGUGCUGUGGAGUUUGAGGUGAAGGCGUUCUGUGCAGAAAAUCAAGAUGAAAAAGCCCAAAAGAGGAGUACGGUCCGGUUGGCCAUCAGAAAGAUCCAGUAUGCUCCAGAUAAAGGUGGUGCAGCCCCGAUGGGCGAGACCACCUGUGAAUUUGUGAUGUCUGAUAAACCGCUGCACAUGCGUGUCACUCUGGAGAAAGAGACGUAUUACCAUGGAGAGGAGAUCAACAUCAGCGUGGACAUUGACAACAGUUCCAACAGGAACGUGAAGGACGUGUCAGUCUCGGUGGAGCAGAUUACUAAUGUGGUGCUUUACUCAAAUGACAAAUACAUCAGCCCUGUGGCCUAUGAGGACACCAUGGACACAGUGCCCGCUGGUACCAGUCUGAAGAAGGUGUACAGUCUCUGUCCUCUACUGAACAAUAACCGUGAGAGACAUGGAAUCGCUGUGGAUGGAAAACUGAAGCAUGAGGACACUAACCUGGCCUCCUCUAGCAUCGUAAAAGAUGAAGUUCUAAAGGAGAUUCUGGGCAUGUUGGUGGCCUAUAGGGUGGUGGUGAAGUGUAAUGCAGCGGGCGUCGUUGGAUCCAGUGAGGUUGCCGUGGAGGUUCCCUUCAAACUCAUGCAUCCCAAACCUGAUCCAGAGAGGUAAGCCACAAGAAUUCACUCUGUGUGUUUCCCAUUGUAAUUGUCCAUUAUCAGGGUGUAUAUUCAGUGCGGUUCAUGAUACCGCUUAUGCUAUAUGUGCCGCUAUAUAAUACCCUUCAUAUAGAGUCCUCGUGUCUCUGAUUCCACGUGUUCACUGCACAAUGUGUGGUGUACACUUCCCUGUCUUUAAUCUCCAAUAACACACACACUCUCGAGAUGAUAAACGAUCCGUGUUGGCUCUGGGAAGGGAAAGUUGAGAGCACGAGGAGCGCCGGUAUCAGUGUUCGAUCUAAAUGCGAUCCCGUCUCUUGUGUAGAGCCCCAGUUUAGUGCUGUUCUUUGAGUAAAUCUGUUGUUACUGUUCAAUAGAAACAGUUUUCUGACAUUAGAACAGGGGUGUGUGUGUCGUUGACAUAAAAAACCUUUGUUCCUGUUUUCUGAUUUAGUGUUCCUCUUCAUCUCUACAUCGGCCUUUUACGUUGAUUGAGUUUCUUGUGUGUCUCUUUGUGUGAUUUUAAUGCUUGUGUGUGUGUGUUUAGUGACGACACAACUGACCUGGUGUUCGAGGAGUUUAAACGCUCAUAUUUGAAAGGAAUCAUCGGCGAUGAUGACGAAUCUCCGGCUGAGCCUUGAGAGCCUUCUCCAUGGAUGACAGUUUUUUGUGCAGGCAGAAUCGUGCAUAUAAAGAUUCAGAAGCAUUAGUGGAUGCAUGUUGAGAUUGUGUAGAUGAUGUGAUGUGUUUUAAUGUAAGAACUUUUAAGCCAGGUUAGAAAAACAAACUGGCCGAAUAAUCAUAUGCUGCAGACUGCAUAUAUUCACUGCUAAUAAUUAUAUUGUAGUUAAAUUGAUCUUAGUUGCUUAAUGUAUGCAUUUUGAUGCAUAAGAUGUUUUUGAACCAAAAAAAAUAAAGCAGUUCACCUAAAAUAAACCUUGUUUCAAGUGUGAACUUAGUUUAAAAUCUUAUUCUUAGAACAAUAAAAUUGUAAAUCUAGAGCUUUCCAUAAGAAUAACUGAUACAGUACAUAAUUUGUUGUAUUUGUCACAAAUGGAUGUAUUAUAUAGGAAAUCAUUUUGCAGUGUACAUUUUUAAAGAGGUCAAUUCUGUUAUUUGCUCUGUAAAUGCUUUGAGUGAAAAUAAAACUAUUUUGACAGCAAA